AUAACGCAUAAGAGAAUUAACCAAUUAGAGUCUUUCAUUUUCAUUCUGCGGGUAGAAAAUGGAGAACUAUGAUUAGUUCAUUUUCUUACGCGCGUCUUUAUAAUAGAAAUGUGAUUGGAUAAUUUUUUUAUGCAUUUUAUGAUUAUGCAGUUGUACAAGUUUGCCUGGGUAUAACUGCAAGUAGGUCUUGUUUAAUAUUUAAUAAACAGGAGUUACAAUGACGUAUGGAGAGUACGAGUAGCGAAUCCGAACGCACCUUAAGAAAGUAAGAAAAUCUCAUAAACGUCAAUUUAUUGAUCGAAGAUCAAAACAAAACUAUUGCCGAAAAUAUGACAUACGUUUUCUGUCACAACUCGAGUACAAAUUCAACAUUAAUAAAUGAAGAAAAAAUAUUGGAAAAAUCAGAAACGAUCAUGUUAGAACAACAAAUAAAUAAUCAUGACAGAGUCAACGACGCAAAUUGUCACGUAAUCGAAUUAAGCAAUAAUGAUUCGAAGAAGGUCCUGCAACGACAAUUACAAGAAAUAACAGAACGCGGGAGUUCAAAUCUUCGAAGCAACGCGGUGAAUUGUGAAAAUAUGGAAAUUCUGCGAAAGCUACCACCAGAUACAAUCGUGAUACGACAAAAAACAAAAUCUGUUAAAGAAAACAAUGAUUUCAGGAAAUUAACAGAAACAAAUAAUAAUCAACGCCCGAUGUCCAGUUGUACGGUUGUUAAAAUGAGAGGAAUUUCACGGACUCUCAGAAGCAAAACUCUCAAAACAAUGGAGAUAAAAGAUAAUCCUAUGCGAGUAUCCAAGAGAAAUAUGGAUAAAAAUUUUUCUCGACCCAAACAAAGAUUAUUGGUUAAUAGCAAAAGAGAGAUUUAUUCAGAUUAUGAAUCCAGGAAACGCAUAAAAUUAUCCACAAUGCCAUACAUGAAUACCAGAUCUGUCACUCGGAAGAUGUAUACUGUAGGUGCUACUUAUCAAGCACCUACAAAAAAGGACGAGAUGGAGUGGAAAGAAUGGCCUGUGCAUGGAAUGCAUGAGCGACCGAUUUAUCAUCCUCAAACUGGUCUAGCGGUGGAGUAUUUAGGAAGAUACUUCACUAGUCUCGAUGGAUUAUCUUAUUGUGAGAUUAUCGAUAAAGCUGAUAUUGAAGUAGUUUCUGUCGAACCAUAUUGCAAUAAACAAAUUUCUUCAACCGAGGAAAAAUCAAAAGGAAAAACGAAUAUGAAAAAAAUGGAACAUUUAUCGAAUACCAAGAAUGCAUGGAAUAUCUAUCUCUCUAUGAAUAACAAAUCUUUUGAGACAUGCAUGCAUGAGAGUCUUCAUUAUGUACUUGGUUAUUGUUCACAAAUCAUGACACCGGUUUAUAAACAAGCUGUAGAAAAGAAGAUGACAAAUCUGAUGAUUUCUGCAGCAAAACUAAACUCUUUAGAAUUGGCGGAUGAAAUGACAAAAGUCCAAAAUAAUGCUACAAUAUCUUCAAAAAAUGAAGCUAAGUUGAUAGAUGAGACAAAGUUAUUAGAAGCUUAUGCCAUUGCUAUGGCACAGAAUAUUCAAAAUGAAAGUAACACUAAUAAUUCAAAUACAGAAGGAGUCAUCUCGAUUUUUCCAUCAUUUUCUGUAACACAGAAUGUACCAGAAGCACAGAAAUCAUCUGUUAAUCUAAAGGUCAACAAUUCAAAGACUAAUCUGCAGAAUAAUGAAAUAAUAAAGAUGAAACAGAUGAAUCAGAUUAUUCAAGAUGCUUCAAAUAACUCCUUAAUUUUACUGGAUAAUACAGCUGCAAGAUCUGCAAAUGAUAAUAUCUACAUAACUACAAAAAAUUUAUUCAAUUCGGAAUUCAUAAUAGAAAAUACAUCCAACAAUGAAACAUUAAUAGGGACGUCAUCAAAUUGUAAUAAAUUAGUAUUUGCAGAUGAACCAAUCUCAAAAUGUAAGGAGUCACAGAUGAAUAACAACUUGUUACUUACGAGACAUACCACAAAUAUACCAGAAAAUAUGACAAAGAUUUUCUUUGAAAAUCUUGAGAAGUUGGAGAGCAAAGCAACUGAUAUGAAAAAGACAUAUGGAAACAAAAGUCCUGAUAAAAGAAAAAUUAACAGACAGUCAGAUGACAAAAUAUCUAUGACGAAUAUUGGUAAGAAUUUCGCAUGUAUCAAUGAGACUUCAAAGAUUGCUAGAAUCUUGUCGGAAUACAAUGAAAGCACAUUAAGAAGAUCUAUGAUAAAGAACCAGAAUUAUAAUUCAAAAGAUAUGAAAACUAAUUUGAUAAAUUCAAAUAUCAAAACUGUACCAAAAAAUCUUUGGCAAAAAAAUAUAAUAAUGGGAAGUAAUCAACAAUUCAUAUCCAAUCCGAAUGCAGAUUUUCCACAAGAAAAAUGGAAAAAGUUUCAUGUCAUGCUGAAAAAGACCAAAGACGGUCAGUUUACCGGUAAUAAUAAUAUUUGGGAAAGGAAACCAAUAUCAUUAGAGGAUAACAAAACUUCUCUAAUGAAUCAACAAAUGAAUUUGAGUACAUUAAAUUAUACCAAAGAAAAAUUUGUUGACUAUCCUAAAAAUCAAAAUGAAUACGAAAUUGUUGCGGUUGAUAUGAAGAGAGAGAGAGAAAAAAAUUCGAAACAUUCUGAAGACAAAACAGAGAUCGCGAAUAUGGAACCAUUGCAGAAACUUCUAGAGAAUACUGCGAUCUUAUAUUGUGCUGCCACUGGAGUUCAUCAAGAUGAUCUAUCUAAUUAUAUCGAUACUCUCGAUAGCAAGCAAACUAUUCAAUGGCUAGAGAAUUGCAAUAAUUCCUAACUUGAAGAUAAAUGAAUAUUUCGUUUAAUAUCUGUGACAUUAUUAAGUUA